AUGGCAUUCUUCGCCAAAGAGCUACACAAGUUCAACUCUAAAAGCAGAAGCUCAUCUAGCGAACAGCGUACCCAGACCGAGUCACCAGGCCGAGCCAAGCGGCGUCGACUCGAUGAUCAUGAGCCUAUUAACAUUGCCUUCACGGGUGAUUCCAGUCCGGCUUUGCCUGUGUUGCCAGAGGAAGAGGACCUUGAGAUUGUACUCAAAGCUUACUUCGCACACAUCCAUCCGUGGAUCCCGAUUAUACAUGAGGCAAGAUUCCGCCGUCGACUUCGCGAGCCCGGAGACGACAAACCUUUACUGGCAGUGUUACAUGCCAUGGUCCUUUCUGCGUCAAGAUUCAUAUCUGAUGAAGAUGUUGCGACCAAAUUGUUCGGCACGCACCAGCAAAGAAGCAUCACCCGUGAUUGGAUCGUGUCGACCUCGAUGAAAACAUUCAACGUGGAGAGCCACCAAGCUCUCAUCAUUGUCGCAUUUAACGAUAUUGGAAGUGGCGAGGCUGCAAGAGCAUGGUCUCUGGUUGGUUCACUGACCCGGACCGUCGAGUAUCUCCAGCUCACGGUCGAACACGACGACGUGGACCGGCCAUCACUGUCUCAACCUUUUAUCUCGCUCGCUCCCCCAGAAAGCUGGACCGAAGCCGAAGAGAGGCGCCGGGUCUUCUGGAACGUCUUCAAGCUCGAUAGACUCAUCUCAGUCACCAUGGGCUGGAACACAAGUCUCACCUCGGACGAUGUACAUUGUCGCCUCCCCUGCGACGGCGUCCUCUGGCGCAAAGAAGACGAAGUCGUGACACCCUAUUUUGGUAUCUGGGACAAGGCCGCCGGCAGAAUCGGGAAUCCCAUCGCCUUCAUCCCGUCCCACUACGCGCCGACGUUGCAAGCAGGUGCCCCAGAAGAAGAAACCCACACACCCUCCGACGCCGGCACCUCGCCGGGGGCACCGGCCGCCAGCGUCGACAUGUCCACCGUCGGCGCCUUCGCCUACUGCAUAGAGGCGACCGAGUCCCUCAGCAGGGUCACGAGCUACUUCCUCCAGCAAAAGAUCAACAUGCGAGACCAACGCGAUAUCAGCAGCUGGCUCACCCGCUUCAAGGAGCUCGACCUGCGUCUGGUCCACUGGAAGAUGCUCCUGCCCCAGAAAUGGAAGGCCAAUAUGGCGCGGCAGUCGACACGGAUGGACCCCAACCUCACCCUGGCGCACGUCACACACAACACGUCAAUGAUCCUGCUCCACCAGCUCAUUGCCUUCCCGCCGAGGGAGUGGCCGUUCAAGGCCCGGCUACCGAGUAUUCUAAGCGUGGAUACGUGCCAGACUGCCGCCGUAGAGAUUGCCAUUAUUGCGGAGAAUUAUCUGAAGCAUGCGCCUGCCGCGAUGCCUGUUUCGAGCCAGUUUGUGUUCUGCAUCUACGUGGCUGCCAGAGUGCUCCUCCUCCGAUGGCGGUAUGAUCUCGGCACCGAAUUGGCUUCUGAGUUCUGGUCUCUAGUUCAGAUUAUGAACGAGAUGGCGAUGCGGUGGGCUGGUCCGCAUAGCUUGGAACCUGCGAGAGACAACCUGGCUGGGAAGUAUUCGAGAAAGCUCACAGAGAUGCAUUCUCGUUGCCGCGAUGAGACGUCUUUCAACAUCAACGUCCUAGGCUACACUACAGAAAUCAAUCACACUGCUUCUCAGGAGCCUCAAUUAUCUCCCCACCUCAGACGGAGUGGUACCGAGAGACAAGAGGGAAUCACUGCCAGUGGGCGAAAUAGGCGACUCGCGGAUACACAGGUUGAGCCUGCUGCGGGCGGUCUCGACACUAUUGUUGUCGCUCAGCAACUCCCACUCAAUAACCCGGCAUCAUUUUCCAACCCAACGCCGAACACAAUGCUCGCACCUCCAGGACUAGGGUUGAACGGAGUUGAGCCAAUGGCUCAGCCAUCUAUGUACCACAGAAGCAGCAUCGGUAGCGGCGAGUUGAGCAAUAUCUCGCAGAUGCUCCUUGAUCAACAAUUCAUGGACAUGGACAGGAUCAUCAGCUACGAUGAUGGCAUUUUCGAGACUGAAUACGACGGUGGAGGGUGGUAA